AUGGCGCCCGAAGCGGCUGUGUCGCGCGUGUUUUUUUGGACGCAGGACUGGGGCGAGGUGAAGCGGUGCGUGUUCCGCAAGCAGGAAGUGAUGGCCGAGCUGGAAGGGACGUUCGAGUACUCGGCGACGCGCGGAAUCGAAAAGUGGCUCGAGAUGUUGGAGCGGUACGGCAUGCCGUGCAUCCUGUGCGCAAGCGGGCAGACCAAGGAGCGCGUGCGCGGGAUUGUGGGCAAACUCGGGCUGGGCAAAUACUUCAGCAGCAAGGACAUGGUGUCAAGCGAGGACGAGUUCGAUUCUUUAGAACAAAUGCUGCUGGUAGGAUCACUGAAGUCGUCGCGGCCGCCCGGGAAAUGUGUGGUGUUUACGGACAAGCCCAAUGGGAUUACGGCCGGGCAUGAGGUGUCGGCGAAAGUGGUGGGUUUGAUAGGGGCGCACCCGGCGUACGAGAUGAAGACGGCGGAUCAGCUGGUGGCAGGUUAUGAUGAGCUGGUGGUGUAUAACAUGCGGCGAUUGUUUUCAGAGGAAGGGAUGGAGAUGAUGGACGCGCAGACGCAGCUCGAGUUUGACCGUGGAAUGAAUUAACAUCCUGGACAGGUGAGGUGGGUUGACCGUCUCUAAUCGCCUUGCCUUGCCCCUCUUGCUUCGUA